AAUCAUCCCUUAGAAAUGACAGACUGGAACCAGGAAAGAGAAAUAGAAAACAGAAAUUCAGAGAAAAUGAAUGAAGUAAAGCUGGAUGUCAUUAUUGGUCAAGUGUUUCCAGCAUUUGAUGAUUUAGAAGAAACAGUAAUAAAGACAUGUAAGGAAAAUUCAGUCCAAUUUUACAGGAGAGACUCAAGGAAGAUUGAAAAUGCAGUUAAGAGAAAUGCCCAGAAAAAUUACAAUCCAGAAAUUGUAUAUUCUGAAAUAAAAUAUGCAUGUAUCUACGGCGGAAGAAAAUUUAGAUCGCAAGGGGUCGGAGUUAGAAAAUCGAAAACAUUUAAGAAAGAGUGCCCCGCAUAUAUUAAAGCUGUUGCUACAAAUGAUGGCCAACAGUUAAUAAUAAAAUCAAUUUGUAGUACUCAUAACCAUCCUGUAGUAAAGGGGAACAAAAGAAAAAAUUCUAUAACAGAUAAUAAUGUUAAGAAAAUUCGACUACAAAUAGAGCACAAAAGAAUAUCAAAAGAUGAGAUCCCACUACCAAUAGAAUUCAUAGAUGUACUUAUAGAUGAAGAAUAUAAGCCAAACGUUAACUUUACAUUCAGAGGUCUGUGUGCCCCUGUCUUCACAGUCUUCAAUAAUGAUUUGAGUGUCAACGUGAAAAUUAUUCCAGAAUAUGCCAAAUAUUUGGCAAGUAAUGGACUCAAAGGCGUGUUAGUUCAUGGGACCAGUGGAGAGGGUAUGUCAAUGACUGUAGCAGAGAGAAAAUCUGUCGUUGAAGAAUGGGUAAAAGCCGUCAAGAUUACAAAACAGCAUUUAAUGGUGCAAGUAGGUGGCUGUCCCCUACCUGAUGCAUUAGAACUUGCGAAACAUGCUGAACAAGUUGGAGUCGACUCUCUGCUUUGUUUGCCCGAAUUAUAUUUUAAGCCAUCGACACCUGCACAACUUAUAGAUUAUUUGAAAAUUGUGGGAGAAGCUGCGCCCCGGACUCCAUUGUUGUACUACCACAUACCAGGAUGGUCAGGCGUCAAUAUUAAUAUGGCACAAUUUUUAAAUGAAUCUGUUGGAAAAAUACCAACAUUCCAUGGAAUUAAAUACACCUCGAACGAUUUAGAUGGUGGAGUUGCAGCUUUAAGAGCUAAUAAUGGGAAAUAUGCUGUAUUUCUAGGAGCUGAUACGCUUCUGGCAGGUGCAUUUGCCAUGGGCUUUGAUUCUGCCAUCGCAACGACUUUAAAUGUCCUACCGCAAUAUUCCAUACAAAUUUUGGAGGCCAUAAAGGCGAAUAAAGUUGAUGAAGCUCGAGAAAUUCAGAACAAAUUAACUGAUGCUUGUUCUAUCAUAACGAAAAAUGGUGCUUGGGUGCCUACGAUGAAAGCUGCCAUGAAUCUGGUGACCCCAAUUAACGUAGGGGCCGCUAGGCCUCCUCUAAGUAACUUAUCUACCAACCAUGUGAACGAGAUGCAGAGAUUAUUAACUGCUGCAUCUGUGUUAUAAAUUUAUAUAUUUUGUUGUACAUAUCCCUUUUAUUUUGUUAAUAAAAUUUGAACCCUUU